AUUAUUAAAUUUGAUUAAAAUUAAAGUUAAUUCAUUUUAUUAUUUAUCAAGAUUGAACAAUAUGAAAUUAUCACUAAGUGAACAAGGAUGGAAUCGAUUAUUUCUUAUUUUAAAUGGUGUUUUCUUGGUAUAUAGUAUCAUGUUAUUUGCAUUAGGUAUUAAAGCACAAGAUAAUUUGAGACAAUUCAAGACAAUAUUACAAGGAAUUAAUCCACCUAUAUUACCAACGAUUAUAUUUACAGGAUUUAUUGGUAUAAUUGGUUCAAUUACUGGUUAUUGUAAAAUAAUGAAACCAAAUCAAAUUGUUAUUAUAUUGCAUAUUACUUGUAUGACUAUAGCAACAAUGACUGAAUUAUGUAUAUCAUUAGGUACAGUAAUGACACCAAAUGAAUUCAUUACAAAUGCUAAUUAUACAUUAAAGGAUUCGCUGAAUUAUUAUGAUAUACAUCCAUUAUAUCAUGAACAAUUUGAACAAUUACAAACUGAUUAUAAAUGUUGUGGAAGUUCAAUGUUUACAGAUUAUCGAAGAACUAAUAAUAGUUUACCAGCAAGUUGUAAAAAUAAUGAAACUAUUUAUACAAUGGGAUGUGCUGAAGUAUUAAAUAAUUACACUUAUAAAUAUAUCGAUGGAAUAUUGGCUUUAUGUUUUAUAUUUACAAUGAUUAAAAUUAUUUAUAUAUUAAUUUCAAUUUGGAUGAUACGUAGAUCAUCUACUGGUAAAGAUCCACACAUUCUUGAAUGUUGUUGAAAGAAAAAAAAAGUAAAAAGAAAAUCUCAAUGUUUUCAUAUUUUCUAUUGAAGAAGAAAAAAAAAGAAAAGAAAAAAAACAAUUAAAUCAAUAUUAUUCCAAUAAAAUUGAUCAUUAUUGAUUAAAUUAUUUAAAAUAAACAAUUUAUUUAUUUACUUUUAAUAUCCAAUGACAAAUCAUUUAACAUUCGGGGGGGGUUUUUCCCUUUUUUUCAUAUUUCAAAUGUUUAUCAUGACAAAAUAUUACAUCAUAUUGUUAUUACAUCAUAUCAUUUGUUUGUUUUUGUUUUUUGUUUCUUAUUCAAUAUUAUUAACAGUACAGAUAUAAGAGAAUAUAGAAUAU